CUGACGUAAGGACUAGUUGGAGUUUGUAUCUGAAAGCGGACAUGGCCGAAGAGUGAGAGAAGAAAACGGAUCCGAUGUUCUGUCUCAAAGGUUUCACAGGACAACAGGUUUUUGAUUUAACCGUAAAACAUUUGAAUAUUAAUCAUAUUGUAGCACCGGAUAAAACCCGAUAGCCUAAUUGAUUAUCAUUAGCACGCGAAUUACAAUUCCUGGUCUAUUCUGUGAAAUAGAUAGUAGUAGUAAUAAUAAUAAUAAUAAUAAUAAUAAUAAUAAUAAUAAUAAUAAUAAUAAUCGGCUAUUGUUAAUGAUACAACUUUUAUCAUUAUAGUAAGGAGUUUAGCCUAUAUUUCACCGCUUUGGUCUGAUUCCUAGUGAAACUCUGUAUUUCAACUUAUUGACCAUCUUUUUAAUUUUUCAUUUGAACUCUUUAAUGGAUUGGUAUGAAGAAGUUUCCUUGUAUUCAGCACGGAACAGUAGGAAGUGAGAUACGGAGUUAAGACUACACAUCAUCAACUUUAAAGGGUAAAUUUGUUAAGCACUCAUAUGACAAAGAGACCAUCAAAUAUUUUCGUGAUUGCGUAGGACCAUUAUCAGUAGACAAAUUGCAAUACGGAUUAAAAAUGAAACUGAAUUCAGCCGAUGGCGGACGUUCGCUCCUAUGAGGCAUAUGCGGGACGGGUGACAGUUCCUACCUGCAAGUUUCUUCUGUUUCUUUAUCUAUUCUAAUUUACUUACCGCUUGAAAGUUUAAUUCUUUGGAGGAUUCGUAAUACAGAGCACUAAACUGAACAUGUUGCACAAUGGUAACGGCGACGCGGAAAAACCAGAGCCGCAGAUUCAGACUCAACCUAUUCCUGAGAUUGGCGAGGCGCCGAGUGACAACACUGAGCACAAUCCAGACAGCGACAGCGUCCCCACGCAAUUCCCGCUCCCUGUUCUCCCGAAGCUGGAAAUCAAGCGCAAUGCGGUAACGGAUGAAUACAAAAUUUCCAGCCAGGUCCUGGGGCUCGGCAUCAACGGCAAAGUGCUGGAGUGCUACAAUAAGAAAACAGCAGAGAAGUGCGCCCUAAAGAUUCUUUAUGACAGCCCUAAGGCACGGAGGGAGGUGGAGCUGCAUUGGCGGGUGUCGGGGGGUCCCUACAUUGUUCGAAUCCUCAGCCUGUAUGAAAACAUGCACCAUGGGAAGAAGUGCCUGCUCAUCAUCAUGGAGUGCAUGGAGGGGGGCGAACUGUUCAGUCGGAUUCAGGCACGAGGUGACCAGGCCUUUACUGAGAGAGAAGCAUCAGAAAUCAUGCGCGACAUUGGCACAGCCAUCGAGUACCUCCACCAUAUGAACAUAGCGCAUAGAGAUGUGAAGCCUGAAAACCUGCUGUACACCACCAAGCAGAGCAAUGCUGUCCUCAAGCUGACAGACUUCGGCUUUGCCAAGGAGACCACACUGCAAAACUCACUGCAGACACCGUGCUAUACACCUUACUAUGUGGCCCCUGAGGUGCUUGGUCCGGAGAAAUAUGACAAAUCAUGUGACAUGUGGUCUCUGGGCGUGAUAAUGUACAUCCUGCUAUGCGGUUUCCCCCCCUUUUACUCCAACACAGGGCAGGCCAUCUCCCCUGGAAUGAAGUGUCGCAUUAGGCAGGGCCAGUACGAGUUCCCAAACCCAGAGUGGGCUGACGUGUCAGAGGAAGCCAAGCAGCUGAUUCAUCAGCUGCUAAAGACUGACCCUAAUGAGCGGAUGACCAUCACGCAGUUCAUGAACCAUCCUUGGAUUAAUCAAUCAAUGGUGGUCCCACCUACACCACUCCACACCACACGGGUGCUGACAGAGGACAAGGAAAUGUGGGACGAUGUGAAGGAAGAGAUGACCAGUGCCCUAGCCACCAUGCGUGUGGACUACGACCAGGUGAAGAUCAAAGACCUCGACACCUCAAGCAACCCCUUGCUCAACAAGAGACGCAAGAAGGCAGCUGCGGAAGGAGGUGGAGGGGGCGGGAGCACUGUGUGCAACAGCCAAUGAGAGACUGAGUAAAACAUUAGGGAACAGAAGGUGCUACUGAAUGGAACAGCAGGGAAAGGUAGAAAAGGCUGCUGUACUCAGCACCAGAUUCACCUGUAAAAUAACGGUACAUAGAAGACUAAAUCUUUUUAUUCACUGCUGGAAUUCUACUUUCACGUAUCCAUGACUGUAUCAGUUUGUGUCAGCAUGUUAGCCGUUUGAAUGUGUAUGUGUGUGCACAUGUGUACCGUAUGUGCGUGAGAGAAAGAAAGAGGUAGUUUGUGUGUGUAUGGGUGCUGUGUUUCAGAGUGUUGUGCUCUUGCCCUCAGCUGAAAACUUCAUCUUCCUACAGAACACUGCCUACCCUACCCUUCUGAUUCACCACAGUAUCAGACUGUGGGUAUAAAGGAAAAGCAAAGGGACUUCUGACCCUCCAUGUCACCAGCACUUCUGAACCCUAGUCUUCUUUAUGUCCUUAUUAAGGUUAUCAUUACUCUUACUGAUAUUGUUACUGUUGUUUGUUCUUCUUUUUCAGUAAUAAAAAUAUUACAUUUUCUAUCUUA